AGCCUAAUUGGGCACCAGGACUUUUCUUAAUUAAAAAAAACAAAUCCCAAGUAAACCUAAAACUCUUACCUAUUCCUCUUGCCCUCGCCGCUCUCAUAGAAAACCCCUAAUUAUCUUGUAAACACACGCCAAAGAAAGAAAAUAAACCAAAAGCAAAAUGGCAGAAAGAGGCGGAGAACGUGGCGCUUUCAGGCGUGGCUUCGGAGGAGGCGGUGGCAGAUCGGACCGUGGGCCAAGAGGCAGGCGCCGUGGCCGCAAAGAUGAAGAAGAGAAAUGGGUACCCGUAACAAAGCUUGGGCGUUUGGUGAAAUCCGGAAAAAUAACAUCCCUGGAGCAAAUCUACCUCCACUCUCUCCCCAUCAAAGAGUACCAAAUCGUCGACCAACUCGUUGGCCCUUCCUUGAAAGACGAGGUCAUGAAGAUCACUCCCGUCCAGAAACAAACACGUGCCGGCCAGCGCACCCGUUUCAAGGCCUUCGUCGUCGUUGGCGAUGGAAAUGGACACGUCGGAUUGGGGGUGAAAUGUAGCAAAGAAGUUGCGACGGCUAUAAGAGGGGCGAUAAUAUUGGCGAAAUUGUCGGUGAUACCGGUGAGGAGAGGGUAUUGGGGGAAUAAGAUUGGAAAACCUCAUACAGUGCCGUGCAAAGUUACUGGGAAAUGUGGCUCUGUUACUGUCAGGAUGGUGCCGGCUCCGAGAGGUGCGGGGAUUGUGGCUGCUAGGGUGCCAAAGAAGGUGCUUCAGUUUGCUGGGAUUGAGGAUGUUUUUACUUCUUCCAGGGGUUCUACUAAGACUCUUGGUAACUUUGUCAAGGCUACCUUCGAGUGUCUUUUGAAAACAUACGGUUUCUUGACUCCUGAUUUCUGGAGGGAGACUCGUUUCACAAAGUCUCCCUUCCAGGAGUAUACUGAUCUGUUGGGAAAGCCAGUGAAGACACUUGUACUUGAAGAUGCAGAGAGGGUGGAUGUUUGAUGGUGAUGAGCUAUUAUUUAAGACAGCGGCUUUAGUGCCUAGGGUAGUAAUACGAAGUUCUUUUCACUCGUUUUAAGACAAUUUCUAUGUUUACGUUUUUUGCUUUUUGUCAUCAGAAAUUUAGCACUUGUUCACCAACUUAAGUUUUGUUUUGCUCAAUCCAGAUACUAUAUAAGCUAAUGGUCAUAUGAGUUGUCUUC